UAAGGAAGCAUUUUUACCUGAAUGGUCACCGAUAUAUUUUAAAGUCAUAUACGCCGCUCAUAGUUUUGAUAAUGGAUAAUAUAGAAAGGGCCGAGAAUUUGCACGGCAUUAAGAAAACAACAUACUGGGAAAUCUAUGGAAUCAAGCGUUUCCCUUACAAAGGAAAGCGGAAGUAUUCCCCUUGUAUUAAUCAAACGUUUGAUGGUAGCAUAGUUUUGAAAAAUGACGUGUUUGGACUUUCUAUUCGACAGUUUGAACGAGAAUUCAAAAACUGCCUUGAACGAAGAAGAAAAGAUGAACAAACUAUUAUCAACAUUCGAUUUCCAGAUAAAACAAGCAACGAGUAUAUGGAAUAUUUGGAAAUCUUUAAUAUACAAAAUCUCGAAGACCAAUCUCAUACUGCAGUUUAUCAAAGCAUUCUUCCACGGUUGAUGAAUAUAGUAGGUAGUGAAAAGGACAUCAGAGAACGCCAACGACUGUUUCUUCAGCAUGAUUUAAUGAUAAACCACGGUGUCGACAGUUCUGCAUAUAUCUCAAGUGGAAGUUUAGCGGAAGGGAUAGAUUUACCGGGAAGUGAUAUAGAUAUAAUGAUAGUAAUGAAAGAAUUUCAAAUUAUCAAAGAUAAGCAGCAUAUAAAUCUUCUAACAGAAAUCGCUACUUUACUUAUGGAAGUUGAUGCACAACAUCCUGGUUUUUCCAAACUUAAAUUGGUGAAUGAUGGCGGUUGUACAAAUGUUUUCCUCAAGAAAUGCUUAACAUAUACUAUCCAUGGGACCUAUUGGUCGAGUACGAUGUUGAUGUCUGCUUUGACCCAAAAGAAUCCUUUUCUGAAUUUACACAUUCAUGGCCCGUGUCUCUCUGAUGAGCAGGAAAAUCAAGAUUUAGCAUUCUGCUUACGAUCACAUCAUUGGCCAUGUAAUGCCGAAGCAUGGAUUUAUAGACAUAGAUCUGUAUCAUGGCCUUCCAGUUCAUUAAUUGAGAAAAUUGUCAGCUCUGGCUGUAUGUUAGUGCCAAUUGGGCCAAAAAAUGAAGACAAAAAUGAAAACAAAAAUGAAUUACUAUGGAGAGUAUCAUUUUCUGUUGCAGAAAAGCUUUUGUGUCAUUCGUUUAACUACACACAGUUUUUGUGUUACUCUCUUUUGAAAUUGGUACUUAAACAUUUCAUAAAUAUUUACGACGAGGCCAAAGAUUUAUUAUGUUCUUAUUUCUUGAAAACCGCUUUAUUUUGGCUUUCGGAGGAAAUACCAAUGAUUCAGUUUCGUUUAUCCAACUUCAUAAAUUGUUUUUUCCUUUGUUUAGAUAAACUAGUUUCGUGGAUAAAGCUGUGCUACUGUCCGAACUAUUUUAUUCCCGAACACAACAUGUUCAUCGGAAAAAUUGAUCAUUCUAAUAAUUAUAUUUUGCUCAAUAUCUUACACAAAAUUAAACGCAACACUCUCAGUUUUAUUUUCUAUCGAUAUUUGUGGAAAACAUUGUCGGCUUCAAGUGUAAUGACGGAGUCUUCUGUGAAAUUGGAUUUCUUGAGUUUCAGACUAUUUAGUGAAAGCUGUACAUCAAAUGUAGAUCAAGGCUACAAAACAUUACAAUUUAUAGAAAAUUUAGCUAUAUCAGAGCGAUCAAAGCUUUCAUUGGGCAUGUAUGAAUAUAUUAAAGCAGAAAUUCAUCAGAUACUUGCACAAAUGGUCCCUUUGCCUUGUCAUUCAAAAAAAGACGAUGUCUCACGUAAGAGUAUUCAAAAACAUUUACAGGAAGGUACAAAGACAGAUUCAGUGUCGGGAUGGGUACUGUAUGCCUCAUUUUAUUAUGUUUGCAAACAGUAUAAAAUAGCAUUGCAGAUAAUUGACCACGUUAUGUCACGUUGUACACCUGAUGUGGUGGAACUAGGGAUUGCUACUUAUAACGAAAACCACACGAAUGACUACCAACAAAAAACAAGCUGUAGCAAUAUGACUCUAAAUGAAAAAAUGAGAAUGGCAAUCAUGAGACAUAUCAAAUAUGAAACGUGUUCAUCAUUGAUUCCACAAGAAUUUCAAAGUCUUGUUAAAAAAGAACAGAUGAUUGUUCCACCUCUUAUAAUGUCACAUUGUCUACGUUUUCUUUCUUAUUCUCAUCUUAACGAUGCAAAAAAUGCACAAAAUACACUUAAAAGUCUACAGCUUACAGUGAAAAAUGUUCCAACAAAUUGUCGCUCUGUUUCGUUAUCAAUACUUGGCAUAUGCAAUGAGUUAUUGGGCGAUAAAAAAAUUGCAGAAGAUUGCUAUGAUGAAGCUUUGAGUGGUAAUGACAGAUGUAGAAUUGCUUAUCAAAAGAAGGUUGGAAUGUCUCCAAAUACUAAGGAAUUUGUAAUAGGAGGCCAAUUCAUGGAAUCAGUGUAUGAUCCGAGAACAGGAAAUACUCAAAUAUCGAUACGUAUCCCUAUGAGUAUGUUGGACGAUCCUGGGAGUCCUGAUGACAAUGGUACGACUACUUAUCUGCACAUUAUCCCAUCAUUAUACCGAUGAUCUCGGUCAAUAGCUACAUUUUUUGGUUUGUGUGCGUCUGUGGACUGUAAUUACUUUUGGCAGUUGUCCGUCCAUGAUAUGAACGAAUACACACAGGCUACUACAGUUCGUACAGUCAAUAAUAAUUUCUUAGUAGUAGAAAACAUGCAAAAUAACAAUCUUUGAAACUGUGCAAAUUUAGACUAUAGAAUUUUACCGAUGUUCAAAUCAAAUAAAUCGAUUAAGAAAACAAAAUCUAGUUAACAAUCAGAAACUGGGGGAUUUCCAUGUUCUCCAUAAGCGACACCUGGUGGGUCGACAGGGUAAGCGACUCCUGCUAUGCAUCCAUCACCCAUCAUGCGAAUCCACACUCAGCUAAAAUGUCACAAUCGAAAAUAGGACACAAUCGGUAAAAUUAAAGGUUAGUCAAAUAGUAUCUAGUAUAUAAGAUCUAGACAAAAGCGAGACAGUAGUUAACUUAUCAUCAAAUUUCGUAAAUCGAUUAAAAAGAGACAAAUCAAGUUAACAAGCAACAACUGAGGAAAUCGCAUGGAAUUUAAAAGAAACAAGACCGGGUGCGUCGACCGGGCAAGCGUCGUUUGCGAUGCAUGCAUCACCAACCAUGCGAAAUCACACCGUCAAAAUGUCACAUUCGGGAAUAGGACAAAAUCGGUUAAAUUACAGAUCAGACAACUACAUUUGUAUACUGGUAUCUAAAGAUCUAAGACUGUGAAAACAUGUCGCUAGUUAGUUGAGACUCCUACAAAUCGUAUCGGUCAACAAAUUCGUGUAAGUCUGUACAAUUUGAAAAUGCACGAGCGUAACGUAUUAACUGAGAUGGGUCAAUGUUCGCAAUUGUUUCUCCAUAGGCGGUAAUGGUAACGUUUUCUUCUGUUGCUCAGUCCAUAUCGUUAACUUGGAUAUGUAUAAUGGCUCGUUUCGAAGCUGAGACAUUUUCACAUAUGUGGUUAAAUUUUCGGGGUACGAAGUGAGAUUACUUUUUCCGUAAAUUAGCAAACCCCGAAAAUCCGUUCGUGAUGCGGCUCUUUGUGGUAAAAAAUCCCUUUUGAACACAAUAAGUUCUUUGAAAAUUUAAUACUUUGAACACAUUUAAUAGCUCUAUAGUUUUUACACAUUUAUUCUAUGUUCCCCUACUUUCUAAAUCAACACAAAUGGUUAAGCUCAGUCACUUGUUUAUCAUAGAAACGUGUCAAAUAUCACUACACAGAGAUUUUUUGUUUACACACAACUUUUUAGUUCCUCAUUUUUAGGCGCAUUGGGGAUAUUGACCCAGAUAUGUAAACACCAAACGAUGGAACAGACGGUGUGUUACUGCUAAGAAAUGGUUAGAUAAUUGGAAAGUUGAUAUCAUCACAUUUGUCAUAGAGUCUAGUUUAAAGUCAUCCAUCUGUGUCAAUAUCAAAGAAAAGACAAAAAAAUUAAGCAGACCUCCUACAUUCGUAAGUAUCCUUUAUCUCAAGUCCAUUGGGAUAUGCAAAAGAAGACUGCAAAUCUUGUCGCUAGUGAGUUGAGACGCACACAUAUCGUGUCGGUCAAUCAAUCAUGAUGAUGACAGUAAAACUUAUGUUGUGUCGAUUUUAUUCGUUCUUUUUCAUCCUUUUUUGGAGCAGUUUUUGUACGCCCAUCAAAGACGGAACGUGUUAAGUCCCCGAGGGUAUCAUUAGCUAAGUAGUCAGUACUUCGGUACUAACAUGAUGUAUAACAAACUAUCUAAAAUUGCCCGUUUAUAAAAUUUUAAAUUAUACAGAAACUAAUGUUUCAACUCCCUCAGGCAAAGUUGGCCUUAGAUGGAUUUAGCUAUUUUUUUUAGGUCCUAUUUGGUUUAUAGCUCUUCAACGUUUUCGGUCCUUAUACAUCCUUGGCUUUCAAAUAUUCCGCUUUGAGCGUUCCUGAUGAAGGUAAAUCAAGAAAAGCGCUUCGGAUGCAUGCAAUUUAUAACGUGUUGUUUUCAUUUUUUUUUUAAAGGUAUACCAUAGUCCAUAUGUGAGUCCGUCCGUAUGUCAACAUGUCGUACAAAAAUCAAAAUAGCAAAUUAACCCAUUCUCAUAAAAUUUUAUGAUAACAGUAAUAUUGACGGAUGAAAGCUAAUUUUCACAUAUCGCAUAUUCUAACACUCGUUUGUUUUGAUCAAUUUGCCUAAGAUUUAACACUAUUGUUGGGAUUAUUAAAAGAAACACUCUUCGAAUUUUGAGUAUUUACUAGUUUGUAUUUUUAUAGUCACAACUGACUGUCAGAUUAAAGUUAAUUUUUCACAUGUACAAUAACUUGUAUGCUUGGAUAGAUUUACUUGAAAAUUCACACAGUUGUUGGUAUUGGUAGAAGUAACGUACUUUUUUUUAUUCUAAAAUGUCCCUAAUUGUUAUUCCAACGUAAUUGGACUUUAACCUUCAGGUUUGAGGUAAUUGUUCACAUGUAUCGCAGUAUAGUUCUAGUAUGCUUACAUCCACGUCUAGAUCUUUGGUGUAAAAUGAUUAUAGCUGUCACCGACUUCAUUCAAAGUGGUGUUAUAUGUGAAAAAAAAUAUUUUAAAAAAGCGUUAUAAUGACCGUAACGUCAUCGAAUUGUGAACCAUGAAACUUCGAUUUGUGACUUUUUUCACUACCUAGGUAAUUAUUGGUUAAUACACGAAAAACGAAGUCGGUGAUCCUAUGAAUAUUCAAUUUUAAUCAAACGGAAAUGUAUGUAUCAUCAACACGUAUUUUUUUUAAGAAAAACCUAUGGAUGUGUAAUUUAAGAUUUGAUGAUUUAAAGAUCAAAUUUAAGAACAUUUUUCGCUAAUUUUAUGUGCUUUUGUACAAAUAUGCACCUAUUUUGAAGAGUUUAGUGAGUUAUAUUAAAAGUAAAAGUGAUAAAUGAUUUUUUUUUCACAAAAUCUGUGAGAUAGUUGAUUUACUAUACCUUUACCUUAACAGUCAUAUUUAAGGCAAUAUUUAUAUGCCUUUGGAUAUUCUCGUGUAAAUUUGUCUAAUGGGUCAUUUUACUAAAUUCUGAUUAAAAACCUUUUUAAAAAUGUUCAAUUUUAUUCUUCCAAGACUUUCUACAUGCAAUAGUAGGGCGUAUCUUGCGCUCGCUCCUGGUGCAACUGUUUAUUCUACAUAAAUUGGACUUUGAAUAACCAACAUAUUCAACUGAAGAACAUAUAUGUUCACCGCGUUAAACUUCACGUGGUUUUACAUGCAUAAUUUUGCAUAAUUUUGCUAAAAUGUUUAUUGUUUAUAUUUGUCAUUAAAUGCAUUUUUUUCUCUCUUAUGAAAACAAUCUGUCCUUUGUUUUAGUACAUAUGUGGUUAAAUUGACUUUUGUAAACUUAAUAAAACCGAUCAUUUACCCAUAAAAAAGUCAAUGCAUAUAAUUGUAGCAUAAAAACUUGACUAGAUUUAUUAUUUUGUUCAGCUUGUGUUUGUCUUUAUUAAUGUUUAAGAUAUUUAAUAGUUUGAAGUAAUUCCACUCAUUUGACCAUCGUAUUCAGUCUAUGGGGAAAUUGACAGGCCUUUACAAAAUAACAUGCAUGGUAUAUUUUUUUAUGAAAUUGAUCAUUUAUAGCCUUCAAAUAACGUCAUAUCUUUUAUUGUCUGUUUGCAUCCAAUCCACUUUUUUUAAAUGGAUGAACGUGCUCCUUUGAAACGAUUUUUACUUGUUUUUGUCCUUUUUUUUGUAUAAUCAGUUAUUUUAUUUUUGAAUAAGUUUUGAAUUUUCAAAUAUUUUGGCGUUGAGCAUCACCGAAGAGACAUUUAUUGUCAAAAUGCGCAUCUGGUGCAGUAGAAUUGAUAUCGUUAAUGUAAUCACAAGUAUUGAUAUUUUUUAUUGUUCGAUUUUGCGUGUAUAGAGUUUUGUCUUUUUGUUCAGCCAAACACGAAUCUACGAAAUGUAGUGUUUGAAAAAUGUUAACUACAGCUUAUGUAUUUGGACGAUAUAGAAUAUCCUUGCAAUUUAUCUUGCCAUUUGAGAUCCAUUCUGGUGUGCAGUCUGAAGGCUGUCGACGAAAAAGAAAACACAUUCUAUGCGCGUGACUUAAUCUACAUGAAUAUAUAGUAAAAAAAUUAAGGGUUAAUAGAAAAAAAAAUGAUAACUAAACUUGUGCACAGUGUAAUGCAUUGAGCCAGGUAGACAUUAUUUUUCAGAAUAGUAAAAAAACCAACUUCAAAUUAGAAAACGAGAAUGCGGACUUAUGAUGAAAAUAUGUAAGUUAAAACAAUAAACAAACAAAAAAAUAUGUCUGACAACAAUCAAAGACAACCACUAAAAUAACAAGCGUCAUAACUGGGGACAGGCACAUAAAGAAUGUGGCGUGGUUAAACAAGUUUGCAAGUGUUCAACAACCCCCUCCCUUUUUUUAUAUGGGACAGUAGUAUAACAGCACAUCCUAAGGAACAAACUAUACACAUGGAAAGGGAUUGAAUAAUCACAUCGAAACGAAGUACAAAACACAAAUAGCAAAAAAAAAAGCCAAAAGGAAACGAUCUUAGAGUACCCGUAGUUACUGAAAGCUAGUCAAAAGCCAAUUAAAAUAUGUUUUCUCAAAUUAAAAUAUCAAUAGAUACACACCCAAAAGGUUAAGUGUAAACACGUCAUAAAUAGAGUGAGGAAAAGACCUUAACCUUGUGUAAUGGCAAAAUAUAAGUAUCGACAGAAUGUAACUCAAUGUUAAUACGAAUAAAGACAAUAGUCAAUGAUCUUAUUAUAGUGUUGAAUUGAUAACUUUUAAGAAUAAUUUUAAUUAAGAGAUCAAUAAAUGUUUAUGUAUUGUAUUUAAAUGUACGAGCUCUAUAAACAACAACGCCGUAAACAUAAAUCUGGUAUAUCACGUUUGUAAUAAAGUUUAUAAAAUA